AUGUCUGCAGUUGUAACAACAGUGUUUAAAGGUACCGUUGGCCUCCUCAUAAAGAGAGGCCUAAAAAGUGCAUCAGAAAAACUAAAGGAUGGCGACGUUACAGACCAACAAUUACGAAGCUGGAUUAUGGACGAAAUAGACAACGUGAAAUCGAAGUUAGAUGCAAUGGCGAGGAAAGAUCUCGGGGCAAGUAUAUCCUUUUUCCGGGAGGGAUUAGUGUUCCUGGAUAAAGCAAUGGAUACGAAAACCCGGGACGAAGGCGCCUCAAAAAACGUGAAAGGGGCCAACAAAGUCAAAAGCAGUACAAAAGUCCACAGUCCUGAAGCAGCGAAAAAGAAACGAUUUUGGCCUAAGUGGUUUUCCUCAAAUGCUUGUCCAAUGAAAAGCCUCGUGGACCAAGGUAAAAAGGAAACGAAGUCUAGUGCAGCCAAAAACGAGAUCUCCCUUACAGAGGAACUUGACGCGGAAGCAAUCGUUGACGCAAAGAAGAGGUUUGAAGAUGCUCGACGGAAAGCAACGGAAGCUUUUAACAAUGAAGUCCUCAGCCCUUUGGACCGUAUCCUUGCCAUGGGUGUUCGUCUAAUGGCAACAAUAUUGGAGAAAGUUGAAACUCCAUUGAGUACUUUAGACGCGUGUAUAUCUGGCCUCAACGAACUACAUUCGAUGCCGUUUGUUGCAGAGAAUUUUAGCGUUGAAAUCGAGAAAGGAAUCAAGUCAAGAUUCAGCAAGGAUGAACGAAGACAAAUCAUUUCCUCCGUCUGUCAAAUAAAUCGUACCAUUUACGAUUUCACGUUAUUGGUGGGUAGUGAAGAAUGGAUCAUCUUUUGGCCCUGCAUUGAAAUCGGACAAGAGAAGGUCGACCCCCUCCGUGAUUCAAGAGUGGCAAACACGCUGUGUAAGCAAGAGAUAAGCGAUUGUUCUCUAGCCUGGUCAUUCGGUCAGGAGGGUGAACAAGAGCUUCAAAACCUCAAGUCAGCGGUUAGUAUAGCAACAAAUACCCUCGGGCAGUUCCUUGUUGCCGACUCAACUGGGAACGAAUGUGUGAAAAUAUUUGACGUCACUGGUAAGUUUGUAAAAUCCUUUUUUCCUACAGAAGAUAAACGCAUAAUACACAACAGAAAAAUCAUUGCUGUAGGCACUGACAAAGACGACAACAUUUACGUGCUGAUGACCAAAAACGAAAAAGCGGAGAGGGUUUCUAUGGCUAGCAUGCUCCUCUUCAACCAUCACGCUCAGUUCAAGCAUCAUUUUACCUUUGAUCUCCAGUUCGAGGCUGUGACAACAAAGGCGACAGCUAGUGGCCUUCUUCUUGUACCGGGACAUUUGAGUCUUGGCGGCCGGACAACUUCGAAGAACGUAUUGACAAAUGCAGACAAACACUAUGUAAUGAUGGUAGACAAGAGAGGAAAGCGUAUGGACCGCCUUUGCGACGACUCCUUGGGACGUAUCCGAGAUGUCGCAGUUGCUGAUGACUGUGUCAUGGUGUUAGACUGGUAUUCCUCCAAUGUAUUUGUCUUCGCUGACAAGUCUGCGGGCAAAGAUUAUCGUCACACUUCAAGUUGCCAAGAAAAAAGUCGUCGUUGCAAGUUCCAUUUAUCAGGUAAUGAUAAAGAAGAUCGUCCCGUGUCACGAUUCUCUAAAAUAAGAAAAUUUCCAGUGGGGAAAGUUGCUCGUGCCAUAACGUUUCAUCGAAGAAGCAAACACGUCAUCAUUGCCUCACAGACCAAAGAUGACCACUCACAACUGCUGUUUUACAGCACCGAAGGCAAAUUUGAACGCAGCAUUGACCUUAACGUGGAGAGGGGCUACCUGAUAACUGGGAUUGCAGUGACAAUAGAAGGUCGCAUCUGUGUAGCCGCAUCAAACUUCUUGGAAGAAAAAGGAAAGGUCCUUGUGUUGUAA